AUGGUGAAAGAAUUUUACUCAAUGAAAAAAAGAUGUUCACCAGAGGAAUUACUAUCUAUAAUCCUUGGGAUGAGCAAAGAACAAAAAGAAUCUGUAAGAUCUAUGGGUUUUGGAGCUUUGUUAAAAAUGAAAAUCACAGAUAUACCACUGAAGCUGGGAUUUUAUGUUCUUCAAAAUUUUGAUUCUGAGAGAAUGGUGAUAGAUAUUGAAAGAAAGGAACUGAAAGUAACAGCAGAGUCUGUUCAUGACAUGUUGGGCAUACCAAUUUGUGGAACCAAACUUACACAAUUGGAUCAAUGGCCUAAGGAUGAUACAAGUUAUGAUGAAUGGAAGCAACAAUUUAAAAAAGAUUCAAUCAUCCGACUGAGUGCAAUAAAAAAUGUUAUUGUUUUUACCACACAAGCUGAUUUCAAUUUCAAAUUGAACUUCUUAGUUCUUUUUGUCAACACGUUUUACGAGUCAACAUCAAUGGGAAGAUAUCUCGAAGACAGUGAUUCUGAUAAAGAUGAAGAUCAUUACGUUGAGGCAUAUGAAACAAAAAUAUCUAAAAUGCUUAAUAGUUUCGAGAGGAUGAAUAAAAAGCUGAAUUCAAAGCUCAAUGAUGCGAUAACAUAUUUCCCUGAAAAGGAAAGUUUUAGGAUUUUCGAAGAAAAGAUGACAAAUAUAAUUGGUGAAGAAAAAACAGAAGGCGCAACUAUUUUUGAGUUUCCAAUUAAUCAAACUGGAUUUGAAGGAAUCAAUUUGACACCAAUAAUCGGUCAAAAAACAAAUAAUCAAAAAGGAAAUGAAGAUAAAGAGGGAAAUGAGAAUGAAAGAAUAAAGAAUGAUAGAGAUAAUAAUCAAAAACAAGGUGAACCUGAAGUGAAAGAGAAAGAUGGAAAGAACAAUCAAAAUGACAAUGAUGAAGAGAAAAAAGCUGAUGAUAAUAAAGAAACAAAUAAUCAUGAAGAGACUAUUCAACAAACUGAAAAUGAAAAUUUGUUGGAUAAAGUUGUUAACAACAUUGUGGAUAAUGUCCUUGGAAUUCGAAUUUCAGAUUUAAAUAUGUCACCAGUGAGUACAGGUAAAACUAAUACUCUUGCAGAAAAGGAAAAAUCAGAAGGUGUACAUGAACAAGGAAGAAAAGUUGAAAAAACAAAGGGAGAUGAUACAGGCAAGGAAAACUCUGAAGAUAGAAAUAAAGGAGGAACAAAAGCUAAGAACACGAAAGAUGGAGGUGAAGAUAAACAUAUAAAAACUGAGAAAGGAAAUGCAGAAGAUAAAGGACCAUCAAAGCAUGACCUGGAUCAACCAAGAGAGAAGAAGCUUGCUGAUGCUUUCAAAUCACCUUUCAAAUACAGAAUAACAGACAUGAAACCCAAACUGACACAUCAGGAGAGUAUUGUCUGUGAAUGGUUAUUCAACUUACAAGGAAAUACAUUAGAUGUGGUUGUCCAGACAAAAUAUGGUCAGAUAACAUAA